UGCACAAAGAUGUGGCUUUCUCUUGGGAUCGUCUUGUCUCUGGGGAUGCUAAUUCCUGGAAAACUCAGCUUGAAAUUGCAAUAUGACAGGGAUCAGGUUUUGCAUAUUGUGCCAGAAACAUCUCAGCAAGUCCAGCAUCUUCAGCUUCUUCACAGUACUUUACUGCUGGAUUUGUGGAAGCCCUUGAGGCCUGAAGAUAUCAUGGCUGGAGAAGAACUGCACAUCAGGGUCCUAGGCCCUCUGGUGCAGGAGGUGAAAGACAGCUUAGAUCAGCAUAUGAUCUCUUACAGGGUCCUAAUACCUGAUGUGCAGGAACUUGUGGAUCAGAACAUGCCAAGGGAGAGGAGCAGCCACAAACAGGUCCGAGAAGGUUAUGUCUACACCCAAUAUCAUCCAAUGGAAGAGAUUUAUCAGUGGAUGACUCAGAUCCAGAAUAAUUACAGUGAGCUGGUCACUCAGCACUUCCUGGGGAUGACAUUUGAGAAUCGACCAAUGUAUUAUCUACAGAUCAGUCAACCAUCAAAUAAACCCAAAAAGAUAAUUUGGAUGGACUGUGGGAUUCAUGCCAGAGAAUGGAUCUCUCCAGCCUUCUGUCAGUGGUUCGUGAAAGAAAUUCUUCAGACUUACAAAUCUGACCCAAAGAUUAGAAGAUUUCUGCAGAAUUUGGAUCUCUAUGUCUUGCCAGUCCUCAAUAUUGAUGGCUACAUCUAUUCCUGGGAAAAGGACCGUUUGUGGAGGAAAAACCGUUCUCCAUAUGAGAAUGGCACCUGCUACGGGACAGAUCUGAACCGAAACUUCAAUUCAUCCUGGGGCACUGUUGGUGUUUCUUUUGACUGCAGCAGUGAGGUCUUCUGUGGCUCUGGACCAGAAUCAGAACCGGAGACAAGAGCUGUGGCUCAGUUUAUCAGAAGGAAGAAGAGUGACAUUGUGUGCUUUUUAACGAUUCACUCCUAUGGACAGCUCAUCCUCAGUCCAUACGGUUCCACAACCAAACCUCCAAGCAACAAUGAAGAACUGAUUCAAGUUGGAGAGAAAGCAGCUGCUGCACUGGCAGGAAAGUAUGGCACCAGCUAUAAAGUAGGACCACCCUCUUUAAUUUUAUACAAUAACUCAGGCUCCUCACGGGACUGGGCCCACAUGAUUGGCAUUCCUCUCUCCUACACAUUUGAACUGCGAGACAACGGUACUUAUGGAUUUCUUCUCCCCGAUAACCAGAUCCAGCCCACGUGUGAGGAGACGAUGUUGGCUGUGACAACUAUCAUAGACUAUGUUUAUCAGACGUACUUGCCAAAUGGGGCUGUGGUUCUGACCUCCAGCAGCCUGGCCCUGAGCCUUUGGCUGAGUAUUGCACUGACAUGGACUGUUUCUUAA